CUCCUCUACCACUCAGAGAUAAUCAUUAUAAAUAGAGACUGCAAUAUGUUGGUUUAUUGAGUCACUGUUUACUCCUGUCAUGUUUGUUCAAGCCAUGUACUUUAACCUAGUCAUGGCUUUUUGGGACAGAAUUUGCAUAAUUAUGAGGCUGUUGUUUUAUUGGCUCUUCAUGGUCAUAAAGGAGAAGAGGUUAUCCAUAAACCCAAGACAGCAGGAAGGCCAAAGGUUGUUGAGUGUUGGUGACCGAAGAUACAAAGCUCUAGCGAUAUUGCUUUUUAGAUGAUCCAUAAUCAUGCCAUACUACGAAGGAAAAAUCAAGAAAAUGCUACCUAAGACAUAUCUUCGCAAACAUGUGGCCCAUGAAAUAUAUAUGGUACUGACUCACUUCAAAACUCUUCAACCCAUGAUGGAUAAAUAUGUUUACAAUGACGGAACCACAAAGGUCUUGAUGUGUCUAAGCGGAACUAUUCCUGUCAUGUUUAAAGACCAGACCUACAACAUCCCUAUAUGCCUGUGGGUCGAGGAUAGCUACCCCCAGACUGCCCCCAUCUGCUACGUCAGACCUACACCUGACAUGUGGAUAAUAACAGGAAAGUUUAUCUCCAGCGAUGGUGAAGUCAAACUGCCGUACCUGCAGGAAUGGAAACAUGGUGAGUGUGACCUAGUGAGCCUACUGCAGGUGAUGGCUGCGACAUUUGGAGAAUUUCCUCCAUUAUGUAAGCAGCAUCCAGAGCUUCAACAAGCCUCUUGUCGGCAACAGUAUCACAGGCAAGCAGAAGUGCUUUCAACGUCAGAUGGAAGUUUGUAUUUGUCUUUAGCCAGAGAAGAAGGUCAGCAAGAAAAUGAAACAAACUGUUAGUCUUCUGUGGACUUUAACGAUAAUUUGUGCUCUGUAUUUGUUUGUGUUGCCUAUAAAGAGUUUUAUCCUGUGCACAGUGUCAGAUGGUAUCCAUUGAAAUUUCAGACAAAUAGUUUAUUUUCAAAAAUUAAGUUUAUUUUUCAUUUGGACUGUAAAUGUCGAACAGCAACUAAGGAAAACAUAAUCAUCUGUGUAUGAUAUGGAGUGUAUUGCAUCCGUUGUGAAAAAAUGUUUUUCAUAUGUUUGUAACAGUUUACUUUUACUUUUCAAUGCCAGUGUGUUAACAAACAUGUAUUACUUUAUGAGCAGUUCAUAAAGUGUCAUCUCUCACAGACAAUCGUUGUAAUUAUCCACAACUGCUUUGGACUUUUGACCAGAGAAUAUUUUCACAUUCUACCGUGGAGAAGAGUUAGUUUUAUUUUUUAGUACUAUUUCCUCAAUUAUGAGCAUCAAUUAGGUUGAAAAAUUGUUAAUCUGUGAAAAAAAAUGUUGUUUUGCUUGUUAAUGUUACUGUUGAAAAUUGUGACUAUUUUGUAUUAAAAAAAGAUGCAUAGGGGAAAACCUACAUUUCACACAGCUUUUUCCAUAGACAGUAUAGUCAAAGCUAUUCCAAAAAACAGGAUCAUCUAUUGAUAUAAUACAAUUUGUUGUUACAACAACUAAUGCUGGUGUUAUGAAU